GCAGCCCGCGGGCGGGGCGGGCUGGCGCGCAUGCGCCCGGCGGGCCGCCCGGCUCUAUAAUAAGCGGGAGGCAGACGGUGACGCGGGAUGCAGCCGGCGCGCGGAGCCAUGGCCAACUUCCGUCUGGCACUCAUUCAACUUCAGGUAUCUGCUGUCAAAUCAGAUAACCUGCAACGAGCCUGCGGACUGGUAAAAGAAGCAUCAGCAAAAGGAGCAAAAGUUGUGGCUCUACCUGAAUGUUUUAACUCUCCUUAUGGAACCCAGUACUUCAAGGAAUAUGCAGAGAAGAUCCCUGGAGACUCAACACAAAAGCUCUCAGAAGUUGCAAAGGAGUGUAGCAUAUAUCUUGUUGGAGGGUCCAUUCCAGAAGAGGAUGGUGGAAAGCUGUAUAAUACAUGUACUGUCUUUGGGCCUGAUGGUGCUAUGUUGGCCAAGCAUAGGAAGAUUCAUUUGUUUGACAUUAAUGUUCCCGGGAAGAUACAGUUCAAAGAGUCUGAAACACUGAGUCCAGGGAAUAGUUUCUCUAUGUUUGAUACUCCGUACUGUAAAGUGGGCCUGGGCAUCUGCUAUGAUAUCAGAUUUCCGGAGCUGGCUCAAAUCUACGGACAGAAAGGUUGCCAGCUGCUGAUAUAUCCAGGGGCUUUUAAUCUGACAACAGGACCAGCUCACUGGGAACUACUACAAAGGGGACGAGCUGUUGAUAAUCAAGUCUACAUAGCUACGGCAUCUCCUGCUAGAGAUGAAAAAGCAUCCUAUGUUGCCUGGGGACACAGCACUGUAGUAAACCCAUGGGGUGAAGUCAUAGCCAAAGCUGACACUGGAGAAACAGUUCUGUACACAGAUAUAGAUCUGAAGAAGCUUGCAGAAAUCCGUCAACAAAUCCCUAUUUUGAGCCAGAAGCGUUAUGAUCUGUAUGGUGUAGAGAUGAAAAAGUGAAGCUGUAUGAUUGCGAAAGGCUCAGGUGGCACAAUAGCUGCUGCCUUCAUCUUCAGGAUUCCUUCACUUGGUUGCUCCAGAGGCUACUGCUAAAUGUGAUAGCUAAAAAAAAAAAGGGGGGGGGGGCACUCUAGGUGGUAUAAUUCUAAAAAUCAAUUCAAAUACAGCUUCUGAGCUGACUUUUAUACCCCCCCCCUUUUUUUUUAAACAGUAUUUACUAGCUAGGACAAAGAUAGAGGUCAGAUCAUUUCAACUCCAUUAAUGUUGAUGUUUAGGCAUCACAAUUUUAAGUAUUGUUAUCUCUUUUGUUUUCUAAGUUUCUGGGGCUUUUUUUUGUAGGAAGCAGAGAUGGCAACCUUGUUAUCUGUGGAAAUUCUGUGAAGCCGGCUUUAGUAUCUUGAAUUUUUCAGUGAAUUAUCAAAUAAACUAGAACCAUAACUUUUC